AUGGGGAACAGAAGGUUCGCGCAGGUCUCGACCAGCGACGACGAAGACGACGUCGCACCGCAAAAUCAGCAGUUGGAGGAGGAGAACGGGUCGUCGAAGAAGAGGAAGCAGAUGAAGCUUCGAGAGGGAGAAGAAGAAGAGUCAGAAGAGGAAGAGAAGCACAAGAGUAAGAAGAGGAAGGGAAAGAAAGGGAAAAAUGUUAGGGACGAAUCGGCGUCGGAGAGCGAAGACAACGAGGAAGAGCCACAGCUAGAGGACGCGAAGCCGAUUGGCGAGGUCGUUAGGCUUUCAGGGAAGGGGAGGGGUCGCAGGCAUCACUACGAGGCGUUUGAGUAUGACGGCAACCGAUACGACUUGGAGGAUGCGGUUCUUCUAAUUCCGGAGGAUAGAAAACAAAAACCUUAUGUGGCAAUUAUUAAGGAUAUAAGUAAGACCAGAGAUGGGAGCAUGAUGGUAUUAGGACAGUGGUUUUAUCGACCUGAAGAGGCAGAGAAAAAAGCUGGUGGAAACUGGCAGUCACGUGACACAAGGGAGUUGUUCUAUAGUUUCCAUCGUGAUGAGGUUCCAGCAGAAUCUGUAAUGCAUAGAUGUGUUGUGCAUUUUGUUCCUUUAAAUAAACAGCUACCAAGUCGUAAACAGCAUCCUGGCUUCAUUGUACAAAAGGUGUAUGACACCCAAGGGAAAAAACUUUGGAAGCUGACAGAUAGGGAUUAUGAGGAAGAUAAGCAGCAUGAGAUUGACUUACUAGUUCAGAAAACUAUUGGAAGAUUGGGAGAUCUUCCUGAUAUAGAGACUACAGAUACCACCUUUAAUCAGGAUGAGCAGUUCAAGACUAAAAGAAGUUUAAUAAAAAAAAACAUAUCACCCCUUGAUGUUUCUAGGGUGGAAGAAGCAACCACUAAGCCUGGUCAAAAUCAAAAAGCUGAAACACCUGGAAGCAGGACUAAUUCCUCAGAAUAUCAUUCCAUUUUAGUCAAGUUCAUGGCACUAACUGGAGACACACAUCGUGAUAGAUGGUUGGAGAAACUUCUUGAAAAUAUUAGGCAUGCAUGCAAUUCUGCUGACAUCUCGAAUGGAGAUGAAAAGAGGAAAUCUGGUUCUGAUGAUAUUGGCCAUGCAAGUGACUGUAAGUCCCCAGAAGUUGGAAAUGGAUCUCAUAAUCUCAAGAGUGGCAAGUCUUUUCACUGGCCAGAUGAUGCUGUUCGUGCAGUUACUUCUCUGGAGAAGGCCUCUCAUGAGUCUCUCUCCUCGGAUUCUACGAAGUAUAACCAAAAGUUGCGGCAACUGUGGUUCAAUAUCCAGAGAAAUUCAUUCCUAGCCCGCCGGCUGCUAAAUCAAGAGUUGGAACCUUUAACAAUAGUGAACAUGUCACCUGAUGAGCUAAAGGAGGGUUUAACAGCUGAGGAGAGAGCAAAGAAGGAGCCUGAUGACUGGGAGCGUAUGCAGAUGACGGAUGCUCGUUGCUCAAGAUGCUCUGAGUUCAAGGUGGGAGUUAGGGACAUCAUUCAAGCAGGACAUGGUGCUCGUUAUCAGCUGGAGUGUAUUGCCUGUGGCCAUUCGUGGUAUGCUGCUCGGGAUGCGGUUUCGAUGCUCACAAUUGAUGCACCUAGUUCUAACAAGAACGUGGGUACAGCUCCAUUAGCCACUGCCAAAUUUGAAGAUGUUGAGAAGAAGCUGGUGAGUCCUCGUGAAUCUGACAAGGCAGCAGCCAAGGACACUUUGAAAAAAACAACUGAAGCAUUUAUGCCAGUCUUGGAUGCGCAAAGAUCAUUUAGUAAGUCUAGAAAGGAAGAAAAUUCAGAAUCAACAAAGAAAGCUGAGUAG